AUGGUUGCUAUCUCAUGUUUUGUUUACAUUCCACUUCGACUUUUGCGAAAGUCUCCUUGUUUUGACGAAGGUGACGGGUGCUGGUGGAACUUCAGGGAGAUCUACGAGCAUCCCUUCUCCAAGUUUAUCAACCACAGUACUUGGUACAUGGUUUUCCUGGUUUUUGUAAUUCUGAACUCGAUGCAACAUUCCUUUGCAACAAGGUUGAUGGGUCUUGAGUGGAUCGGUAUGUCACUUUAUUUUAUUUUUUUGAUAGGUAAUGCUUAAGAUGUACGGAAUAUUUAUUUUUUUAUUUCGUUAUGCCACCAAGGCUACCUACCGCAACCUCCAUAUCGGUAAACCAUCGCCUGGUUAUCAAUGUCACGCCAUCAAAAAUAAUAAACGAAACCAUUCAAGAGAAUACGACCAGAAUCUUGGAAGCAAAAAAAAUACAUGUGUAAACAAGAUUCAGUUCUUGUUUUACUUUGAUUUGUAUAUGAAAUACUCCAAGAAAUGUUUUACCCCAAAUGAAAUGAACUUUUUAUGGAGACACCAUGUUGACACCAAAUGGAAAACAGCGGAAGAAAAUCUUUCUCGCUAUUUCGGGGCUCUAAGCCCUCAUGAAAGUAAAAACUUAGAAGUCAUAGUUCUUAAUUCUGAGGUUUGAUGACAUCACGUGAAAACCAGUAAUAUGUAGGACCUCUACUCACCAAUGCAGGACAUUUUCACAUAGACCAUAAUGCACCUGCUUUACCCCCCCGGAAACCUUUGCGUAACCAUAGUUUCCAAUUUCUCCUGAGUCUUACGGUCGUCCAAAGAGAAACCUAAGACAAUGGUUAUGUAAAAUUUUGAGGAGUAAACAACUUGCAUUAUGGUCUAUGUGAAAAUGGUCACUCCUCUCGAAUUUUGUGGCAAAUCUGUACAUUAGGAAAAUCUUAUUGUUAGCCUAACAGCUUUUCAAAGUUCAUUUUCCUUUGUAUUUUGUCAACAAAGAACGAGCUAAGUGAUCAAAUCCCAAUACAUAACCCUCUUCCCAUGAAAGUUUUUUUACGUAAAUCUAUUCUUGGUUCUGUGUCAUACUGCUUGGUUAUUUUAAUGACGCCACCUUAUUGGUUGGUUAGAGUGGCGUCAUGUAAUUAAAACUUGGCGACGGGAAUUCAUUUCACUGCCGAUCGCACGCAGCAAGCGAUAUGACGUGCUAACUUUCGUCGACGAGUCAAAAGAUUUCUGCGACGAAAAAUGUCGCCAGAGUAGCUGCGGACGAGCAAAAGGGUCCUAGCUUGGGGGAGUUUAUCGGAAAAAGCGGUUCCGACUCGACGAAAAUUGCUUACUUUGGUCUUCGCUACAUAUAAUAAUAUAAUAAUAAUAUAAUGAAUGUUAUUUAGCCAGGGUAUCUCUUCAGCAUAAAAUGCUGCUAUCAAUGAGGGCGCUGGAAAAAAAAAAUAAAAUAAAAUAAAUAAAUAAAUAUAUAUAUAUAUAUAUAUCUAUAUGAAACUAACCUAACUUACAGUAACUAAAAAUACACUAAAAGUUAAAAAUACAACAAGAUUAAAAAAUUGUUUAAAAAAGCUAAAAUACAAUAAUUAAAAUGCAUUUAAAAGCUAAACCAAUACAAAAACUUAACAAGUAACUAAAAAACUUUUGAUCUAUAUAAUUCCAAAAUACAAGUUUUAAAAUUACAACUGACUUAGAAUCCUUCAUUUCACUUGCAAUAUUAUUAAAAAGUUUAGAUCCAUUAAAAUAAAAAGACUUCCUUGUCGUCUCAGUUCUGACUUUGGGGAGCAGCAAGUUGUGCCCACUUCCCCUCGUGUUGUGGACUGUUCUAAAAACCUUAAAAUAAUCUUUAAAAAACACUGGAGGGGAUCCCUUCAAGCAUUUAAAAGUCAAAUUAAUAGUGUGCAUAUCACGCCUCAUAAACAAGGGAAGCCACUUUAAAUUCUUCUUGGCGUCUGAAUCUUUGGUCUUCAAAACAAUCCUAGCUGCCCUUCUUUGUGCUCGAUCUAACUUAUCACGUUCUAUUUUCCCAAUGCUGCUCCAAGCAACAUCGCAAUAAUCCAUAACCGGCAGAACAAGGGACUGAUAAACUUUAUUGGCUGCAUCGACAGUUAGAUUGUUUCGUAUUCUUCCGAGGACACCGAUUCUCUUGGAAAUCUUAAACAUUAGCCUAUCCACAAACUACAAUUGUAAAUGACACUUAAAAUUGAAGGCAAGGCUGAUCGGAACAACUAAGGGUAACAAAUUUAUUUGCCCAAUAUUUCGACUAGACAAACCUAGUCUUCAUCAGGGGCUAUUGUAAAAGACAGCUGUCUCUUCUGGCGUCGUCCACGCAAACCCGCGAGCUGUGAUACCGUCGUAUGUCGUUUGGAUCUGGGCAGAAAAUAGGUUCUAAGUGGGUUGAAGUAUGGCAUGUUUGGCCGCCAAAAAUUUUAAUUUUGAGACGGCGCUAGAUAAAUGUUCAAUGAAAAAGAAUAAAGUACGCGCACAGGUCAACCGCGCAUCGAAAGUCUCUGGCAUCUGACCUGAUUUGUGUUCGCACAGCGAAAUAUUCAUCGCAAGUAUUAGACGUUAAGAAGAAGUAAUUAAGUUUGAAACUCUCAAGAACAAUAGCAAAUGUGCUAUUUCCGAACGAGAAAUAUUCCUGGAAAAAAAGAAAAAAUACCUUGGACAUUUGCAUUUGCAUCGUAUUUCGCGCGCGAUAACUUUUGCCUUUCACGGUGUGUCAGUAUUCAAUAUCCGUUACUUUAAGGUGAUUCCUUAGUAAAAGAACCUAACAUAGAUUGUAGAUGAAACUUGGUACACUAAUUUAACAAGUCAAGGAGAUGAGAAAAAAGUAAUAAAAAGUGGGGGUCGUGUUGUUUUGACCUCACAGUCCUGACAAAUACGGCUAUUUAGGACCCUUUGACAAAAACCGCACGCAGCCCAAAACUAGACAAAAAGGAGAAAUUUUUUCGAUGAUGUAAGCGGUAUCGCACAGAAUUUGACUUUAAUGGACUAUUUAUCGACUUACGUACCAGAAAAAAGCCUUUUAGUACCCUUGUUUUUGCUUUACGCUCCGAAGUAGAAUUAAAUUGGACACGCGGUAUUCGACCCGUGAUAGCUCAAUCCGUACAAUUUAGUGAAAUUGCCAAAAAACUGAACAUAGAUUUGGGUAAAUUUUUUCUCAUCGAAAGGAAGCAUUGUCCUUAUUAAAAUCAUGAAAUAAAAAAUGGGGGUCACCGUACUCGUUUUGGCGGUAGAGCUGCAGAAAGUGCGCACCAAAUGCAUUUUCUCCGAUUUUUGAGAGAGGACUGGGGAGAGUUUCAAAAUCGAAUGUACGUGAAAGGGGGAAGAAAGUAUUAAAAACUCCGUUUUUAUAGAAUUUACAUCGAUAUAUCACAUUUAGGGCACAAUGUGAAAAAGAAAGCGUUUCAAUGUAAAUCAAAGUGAGUAAGCACAAGUUAAACAUCCACUAUCGAGGUUCUCCGUGAGGAAGUCGAACCCAGCAACGCGCGUACUGCUUACUUUAUACACAUUCCCAACACAUUGAGUCUCACCUCGGCAAGAAACAACCGCAAGCACAACUUCCAAUAGCAUUUCUCUUCAGUCAACUCCGUUUCAAUGAUGUUACUUCAUAUGCUCUAAUUUACGGCGGCCAUCUUGUUAUGCGCAAAAAACAGAUGCGCAGUGCAAAACCAGGGAACACAACAUUCACUGUUUUGACGUUAUGCUAAUUUUUGCAAAAUAAUGCGCACUAUACAUACCUCCGUGACCAGUAAAUUUUAGUUUUUGGAUGCAAAACAUUUACAAUACUCACACUGAAAUGUACUAGUCAUGGAUAUAUGAAUUGUCCGCAUUAAUUUGGAAACAUUAGUAUAACGUCAAAACAGUGAAUUUUAAGGUGUUGCAGUAAAUUAAUCUUAAUGAAAGUUUCAGACAAUUUUAUAUACAUUAUGAAGAUUAUGUGAAGAGAUUUUAAAAAAAUUCGUUCGAGUCGUUUCGGGGAUAUACAAGAAAGCGCUAAAAGUCCGAAUUCUGAAUGAAGUUGCACUUAUACAGGUGGUGAGAAAACCUCCUAGUUUUCAGCAAGAUCGCAAGAACGCAAGUACACCAAAAUUUCCUAGCACCAAAAUAUGAUAUUAAACAUCAUUCCGACCUACUUAAGAAUAAUUUGAGUCAUUUAUAACGUUUUUAUCAAAUAAUCUAUCACGGCUAUUGAAAAUUUGAGGUUUGAAAUAUAUUUUCGUUUAGUCGAAUUAAACAUUCAGAAUUUUUUAGUUCUUAUGGAGAUUGUUUGCCAAACACCAAACUUUAAGUUCCUAGUGUUGGAUUUUCAGUAGCAGGUCUAGAUCACACAAAAUUCGGCUUUUAUCAAUUUCAAAGUUUUUUGUUGUUUGUUAUCAUAGUAAUAUCGAUUUUACUUAAAACUAAAUUUUCACAACUUUCAAUCCGUAGCCAAUUACUGGUGAAAAUUUUAUAGCGAUCGGACAAGGAAAAAAAACACUUUUAAGGCGAUUGAAAAAUAUCGGUAUGGCCUCUGAAAAACUGUGUCGAAACACCUUAAGUGAGGUUACCAGCCGUCAGAAAAUCUUGAUCUUUAAUCUCAAAGUGAAAUUUUGACUUCAAUACCGCAAUCCGUUUUAAAGGAAAUUCAUUCCGAAUUAUGAGGAGAACGAGUCGAUCAAAAAACAACAACUUAUAGCGAAAUUUGUUGUAUCGCGCUGUGCGUUUUGCAAACUUCGAAGGGUUUUUGGGUUCCGUCAAUCAUCUUAGCAGACCUCUUAGGAAACACAUGUUUGCUUGUUCAGGUUCAAAAGGUCAUGGUUUGUGAUUCGUGAUUGGUGGAUUUCGAUCCGUUUUCGGAAUUACUUACACUAGAAAGGCGCAGAUGUUGGGAGUAUCUCGUUGGACUAUAUAAAGAAGGAUCAAAGAUUAUGGUUUAGAGGAUUUUCGGUCGUUUAGUAAACUGUCUGAUGACAGGGAAAUCUAGUCAGUUUUUUUGAAGAACAGAGUCAAGAAACCAUGAAAGGUCAGACUCCACAUCGAAGUGGAGACUUGUUUCACCUUUACGAGAUUCUAUUUCCUUAGCCGGCAUUCUAGCCGCCGCCGUUGCCAUGUUUUUAACAAGCAAUAAUAUGCGUCACUGACCAGAAGUAGAGAGGGCUCAAAAGACUUAAUGAACUGAAACGAAUAGUUGAAUGUUGAAUGAAUAGUUGAAUUUUGAACAAAUAGUUGAAGUUGUUGAAUAGAUAAUUGAAUGGGUAAAUGAAGAAUUGAAUUUAAAAUGAAUAGCUGAAUGUUGAAUGGAAAGUUGAAUAUUGAAUAACGCGUUGAAUGUUGAAUAUAAGUUGAAUAUAAAACGCAUAGUUGAAUACAUAAUACAAAAUUACAUAAAAAAUUAAACGAAUUGAAUGUUGCUACAUUUGGCUUGCCAUACGUGGCACAGCCUCUUACAUACAUACAUACAUACAUACAUACAUACAUACAUACAUACGUACAUUUUUAUUAAUCCUAGAAGUCAUGUGACUAUACAGGAUAGUAGUAGAGGAGGGAUGUUUUACGCCGGUUCUUUGCGGGGGAAUUCCAUUAACUUUCGGGGGAAUACAUUAAAGCCGGUGACGUCAUACAUAUCAUUAAGAUAGAAUGAUGUCAUGAAUUAAAUUAAUGACCAUGACGUCAUGCAUCCAUUAAGAUAGGAUGAUGUCAUAGUCUAUUUUCAGCUGGCUAGGAGCAAGUGACGUCAGAAUACCCUAGGGGUUGACGUCAUCAAAAUGUUGACAUCAUAAUCUAUAAAUAGAAUAGUGAUAUCAUGUCCCUACUUGGUCAUGAUGAUGUCAUAUUUUUUCCAGGUAAGAUGAUGUCAGGGUUUAUUUUUUACCUGCCAGUUUUUUCUAUUGUUUCAAAACACAUAAAAUGGUCCUUCCUUACCAAGCAAAUCAUUUACGAAUUGUGAGAAGAAGUCAUGAAUUUCAAUCAGUUAACCACUUUCGAUUUGGACGUUCCCCUGGAAAUCUUUGAACCAUGGGAUGAUUGGGAAAAUGAGUUUGAAAAAUUACCACAGGUAAGUGCUCUCUCUUUCUCUGUAUUUUGAAUGCACGUUCUCUCUCUGGUCGAGUAUUGUUUCCAACUUAACCAAGUUUUACUAUUUUAGGUUGCUGGACGGCCUUACUUGAACCAAAUACAGAGUGGAGCUGGCAGGAAACGUCUAGCAGAGGUAUGUUUUACAAUACUAAUUAAGGUACCUUUAGGUUGUUCGACAUACUUUAUUUAUAACCACGAAGAGUUCAGGAGUCGUAGCUCGUUAAAUCUCUCUCGUGAACUGAAAUAGUCCAAAAAUACAAAUAGAUAAAAUCACAAAAAUUAAUAAGUUAUAAAAGUAAAACAUGGAAUACAUAAAUUUAGCAGUGGUUAAAUGGUAUUUACAUAUUAACAAUUAUAUUGAGAAGAAACAGCUUCUACAAAAGUUAUCUUACGAUUGAUUCGAUUUAGAUAAUAUGAUAAAUGAAUCCAGUUGUUAAGUUUGACGGACUUAAAUUAUUGUUUUACAAAAAACAACUUAUGGUAUAAAUAAAAGAAUGAUAAAACCAUGCAGAUGAAAGGCUUUGUUCAAUUGUUCACGUAAUUUUGAGGCAAGACCGCGCAAAUAAUACUUGUCGCAUGGUAUCUCUAAAACGGAUUGUAAAUCCGUCGUUAAUACACCUUACAAUUUUACAGGAUGAAGAAGAUAUUUCUUCCACCAAAAGGUCUCGCCAUGUAUGUGAAAUCUGUGGAAAAGUCUUCACUCGACCAGAUAAAUUAAAGCGCCACGAAAAAAACACAUACCAACGAGAAACCACAUCAGUGUAAUAAGUGCGACAAGUCGUUCCAUCGCAAUUGGGAUCUGAAACGCCACGAGAAGCAAGUCCACGAGAGACGAGCGGCUCAGCGGGAAUAUCAGUGUUCAACCUGUGGAGAGACAUUUCGAAAUCUGGCCCCAUUUAUAGCACAUCAGAAAACAGCUCACAGCAAACCCUCUACGACUGCAAAACGUUCACGCCAAGACGACUUAGGUAGGAAGACUCUUUUGCAAUACCAAAAUAACAUUUUAUAUAAAUUAAAUGAUAAGUACUAUGUAAAUUUCCUUCGCAACGCAUAAUAGAUAGUAGGAUGUGUUGAAAAAGUACUUUAUCGGCCUUUGUUUACAGUACCUUUUACACAAUACCUUGCGGAAUAUAAUGGAGGUUAUACAUUGUUGAACACUUCUUUUGUCCUUAUAACCGUACUUAUUAAAGGCUUAAAAUGAGGACCAUUUUAACCAGGAACCAUCGUGUGGCCUACAUCGAGAUCACUCUCCUUUAUUGCCAAUGUUGUUUUGGAAGACUAUGUCUACUCUUAGGUGUGAUUUUGGCAUGUUAAGCUGAAUCUUGCCACCCAAAAACUGCCUAAUCUGACGUUUUCAAAAUAUAUUACAAAGGCCUAGACCGGGAGUCAAAUGAGAGGUUUUAUUAAAAAAUAAUAAUAAUAAUGAAUCAAUUGAGUAUACACUUUUCGUUGUAAUUUAGCAGCCUUUGUUUUUCGAGAAAAAAUAAAACUGCGACUUCAAGAAAUGUCAGAGGUAACUUCAGAAAAUUGUCAUUUACAAUUAUCUUUAAUUUUUCAUAUAUUUCGUGUGAGUGUCACCAUUUUGUUUUGUAAGCGUGGGGAUAACGCGAGCUGAAUUUUCCGUAAUUUUUUGGUGGUGGCAAGUUCACAACCAAUGGAAUAUAACGUAACUUUUAUUUUGACCACAUUGGAGAUAUUCUAUUUGGAUAGAUGUAUACCUUUUUUUUUUCUUUCAGAACGAAAAACCAAGAAAAUGAAGUCGACCCCUAUCGAGAAAAGGCAGUCAACUCCAAGUUCUAGUUGGCAGCAAGAUACAAGAGCUAUCACCGACCUCCCUGAAGCACAACAAAGUCUCGUUCCCGAAUACCGCAACCACUGGCAUCAAAUACGCACUCGUUUUAGCCGCAAAAAUCGCCUUUUGGACUGGUACAAUUUCCGCCUGUCCUCUCUCCAACCUCAAGAACUUAUCACUCAUUUGAAUGAAAUUUUUACUGACCAGUCCACGGUGUUUAAGCUGAAUGUGUCUUUUGGUUUCAUUCUACGCAACAACGAGACUGGAGCACUUCAAUAUUAUUAUGCCUGCAGAAAUAAUGAGCAAGUCUUUGAAACGCCUUUUCAAAUUACCACCGCAGCUGACCUUCAGCAAGUCCGUGAAGCAUUGUUAAACCUUGACGUCUUGGAAUGGGUACGCCAGCGACGCCCCAACUCCAAAUGGGUCGUAGAACAGGUGACCAAUGUAACCUUUUUCGUCACCAAGCUACGGGGUCAUCCUAUAGGGAGAGGUACUUACUUACCUUCCUAUCUGGCCGAGAACCAUGGUUUGGUCGCCUUGGAUCGCAACCGUAAUAAUGGAAAAGUCUACAGCGACAAUUUGUGCUUUUUUCGGGCUUUGGCACUCCACAAUGGUUGUCACCAAAAGAAUCUAGAGCGGGAUGCACAACAUUACUAUGAGCGAUAUAGGGAAUUUUUUCCUGAGAAAAAGAAAUUUUGUGGUGUAAAGCUGAAAGAACUGAUCGACCUAGAACACCUCUACGAAGUCAACAUUUUUGUCUAUUCCCUCGAACCCACUAAACCCGAUGGAGAGGAGGGAGAAGAAGACAUAGAAAAAGAGGAAGAGGAUUUCGCUCCUGAGAUCGCUGCGCAAUUGAUUUACCGCUCGCUUUGUCACUACCCAAGUACGCUGUACCUCAACCUGUACCAGAAUCACUUUUCCUAUAUUAAAGAUUUAAAGAAGUAUGCCAAGUCCUACAGCUGCUCGCGAUGUGGAACUUUGUGGAAAGAUGGGUUUAAGUUAAAUCGUCACGAGCGAACCUGUGAAGCGAAAGUUAGUUACCAGUUUCCAGGAGGUGCUUACAAGACCCCACCAACCAUCUUUCAGUUGCUUGAAGACGAAGGGUUGACUGUUCCUGAGCAUCUCAAGUUCUUCCCCUACAGAGCUACCUUUGACUUUGAGUGUAUGUUUACACCUGAGACAGACCUUAAUGAUACAAAGAAACUGACAUGGGACGCUAAACAAAUACCCCUCAGCGUGAGUGUCUGUUCCAAAGUUCCAGACUACGACCAACCCAAGUGCUUUGUGUCAGAUGGGGAAUCUAAACAGCUCGUCAAAGAGAUGUUAGAAUACCUCGUAAAAAUAAGUGAAAAGAGUUAUGACCUGUUAAGAAAAGAGUUUAACUUUCUUUUUGAAGCCAUCGACCAAAAGCUGCAAGACCUACAGCAAAAAUUAAAAGCUGGUGACCCUUCAAAAACUAACACAGUAGAAAACCUCACCCAGGAAGAUAGCGAUGAUGAAGGAGAAGAUCUCAUGGACACAGAUAAUGAAGAGGAAGAAGAAAUGGAGUCUGAAACCGAAGAAGAUCGUGUCUUUAUUGACGAUGACGUAGAAGAACAAGGUGCUUCGUUUUACAGGGCCUUAUAUCGCGAACACGAGGAUCAGAGUGAAAAUGAUCACGAGUGUGAAUAUGACAGACCCGAGGACAACAGCCCAGAACCUGAGAAGAAAAAAGUGCAUCCUUUAAAGAAACUGAGAGAUCGUUUCCAAGAAUAUCUACAAGAACUUCCUGUCCUGGGCUUCAAUUCUGGUAAAUAUGACUUGAAUGCUGUCAAAGAAUUUCUGUUUCCUGUCCUGGUCCAGAAUGAAGGCGUUCAGUUUACUAUCAAGCGUAACCACAAUUUCAUGUGCCUAAAGACCCCACAUCUUCGCUUCCUCGACGUCACCAACUUUCUUGCUCCCGGAUUCAGCUACGACAAGUUUCUGAAGGCCUACGAGUGUCCUCAAACCAAGGGGUUCUUUCCUUAUCAAUGGCUGGAUUCUCUUGAGAAAUUAGAACACCCCUCCCUUCCACCUCACGAAGCGUUCUUUUCUACGUUAAAAAACAAGAACAUUUCUGACGAAGACUACCAGUACUGCCAACAAGUCUGGUCGAACAAUAAUAUGUAGACCUUUCCAGAAUUUCUCAUCUGGUACAACAACCUAGAUGUCCAACCCUUUUGUGAGGCCCUGGAAAAAAUGUGCACCUUCUGGAAAGAUAAAAAGAUCGACAUGUUAAGACAAGGUAUUUCUAUUCCCGGCGUUACCUUGACGUACCUCUUUACCACCCUGGAAUCUGGCAUCUUCUUCUCUCUGUUUGACGAAAAAACAAAGAUCUGUACUAUCUCUUUAAGAAAAAUAUGGUGGGUGGCCCUAGUAUAAUAUUUCAUCGAUAUCACGAGGCGGGAAAAACCAAAAUCAGAGAAAAAGAAAUGGAGGAUCAAGGAAAACAAGCAAAAACCUGUCAAAAGAUUGUUGGAUACGAUGCCAAUGCUUUAUAUCUAUGGGCCAUCAUGCAAGACAUGCCCACCGGAUCAUUUACAAGACGCCGAGAGGAAACUGGCUUCAAGAGAGAAAGUUCUUCCAGGAUGGCAACCGAGUGGUUAGAUUGGAAGGCACAUGAAGGAGUUAUUUUUAUACGCCACCAAAUGAACAAUACAGAAAAACGCAUUGGUGAAAGAAAAAUACCAGUGGAUGGUUUUCACGGUCCUUCUCAAACAGUCUUUCAGUUCCAUGGCUGCUGGUGGCAUGGGCAUAUCUGUCAUCUUACUAAAGGAAAAGAAAUGAACGAAAAGAGAAAAAGACCAAUGGCGGAGUUACGAGAAGAAACCAAAGAAACCUCCAAGUACAUCAAGGAUCAGGGGUACCAUCUUGUGGAAAUCUACGAGUGCCAGUGGCGUCGAAUUAAGAAAACCAACUCACAAGUUCAGCAGUUUCUUGACUCCAAGUUUAAGCGCCCUCUUGAUCAUCACAAGACUCUGACACAAGACCAGAUCUUAAGCGCAAUAAGAAGCGAGUCCCUCUUUGGAGUGGUCGAGUGUGAUGUUCGAGUACCUGAUGCACUAAAACCCAAGUUUGCAGAAAUGUGCCCCAUUUUCAAAAACAUAGAAAUUUCAAGAGAAGAUAUUGGUCAACACAUGCAAACCUUUGCUGAGGAAGAGAACAUCAUGUCACAACCUCGAAGAAGUCUCGUUGGUAGCUAUUUUGGUGAGAAGAUCUUAUUGGCUUCCCCACUCAUUAAGUGGUACUUGGAGCAUGGUCUGGAAGUGACUCAUAUUUAUCAAGUAGUGGAGUAUACACCCGUUCCCUGUUUCCAAACCUUUGGGGAAGCUGUAUCGGAUGCUAGACGGGCUGGAGAUGUAGACCCAAACAAAGCCAUCAUCGCAGACACUAUGAAAUUGGUAAGUUGUUCUCCUAUUGAGGGAAAGGAGGAAGAAAUACGUUUUAAGGUACAAACUACUCAUACCAAUGUUGUCUUUUUUCAUAGGUGGGGAACUCGAGUUAUGGAAAGACGAUCACCGAUCAAGAACGCCAUCGAGAAGUCCAGUUUUGUGAAGAAACCAAAGCGCUCCGCUUAAUAAACAAACCCUUCUUUAGACAGAUUGAACUGAUUGAUAAAAAUACGUUUGAAGUGCAAUCUUGCAAGAAAAAAAUCAAGUUGAACCUUCCCAUGCAGAUAGGUUUUUUCGUUUAUCAAUACGCUAAACUUAGAAUGCUUCAGUUUUAUUUUGAUUUCAUGGAUAAGUAUCUUGAUCGUAGUGAUUUUCAGCAUUGUGAAAUGGUCACCGACUCUGCCUAUAUCGCGAUCGCAGGGCAAUCGGUAGAAAGUUUAGUAAAACCAGAGUUAAGAGGAGAAUUUGAAGCAGACAAGGCCAAUUGGUUUCCAAGAACCGACACUCCAGAACACAAAGCUUAUGACAAAAGAACACCAGGUUUAUUUAAGGAAGAGUGGACAGGGGCAGGAAUAAUUGGUCUAAGUAGCAAGACCUAUUGCUUUGGGGCCUAUGAUAAGUUCAGUUGUAAAGGGGUUAACAAGAAAACAAACGACAUUAACAAAGAAAAAUAUCUUAAUGUUCUGUCCACCAAACAGAGUAGUGCAGGAUUAAAUAAAGGUUUUCGGGUAGUCAACAAUAGCAUGUAUACUUAUGAACAAGUUCGAGAUGGGUUUUCCUACUUUUACCCGAAAAGAAAAGUGUUGGAGGAUGGAGUUACCACUAUGCCUCUAGAUAUAUAAAAUUGUGUUGUAAAUUGAUUGCUGUAUUAAAAAAAAUGAGUAUCAAAAAAAUUGUAACGUGUGUGAUUCAUAAAUAAAACAAUUUAUAUGUAAAUAAAAAAAACGCGUUUCUUGUAAUUCUCUGACCUCAGGCGCGAGUGCGUUCCCACGCACAACUUCCCCUCGCGACCUUCUCGCGAGUGCCUGAGAAAAAAAAAAACACUCAAUUUCUGCCCAUUAUGCCCUUGGUGCCCGUUGUGCCCUCGAAAAUAAAGGAUACAUUCGUGUCGCAAAUAGAUUUGUUCGGUUUAAAGUCUGCUUUGGUAGCGUUAAUAUGAAAAAACUAAAAUGCAAGCAUUGUCCUGUUCCCGGCUGUGGGUCAAAAUUUUUAGUUCGAUUAGCAAACCAUUUGGCUCAGGUACACGAGCUGUCUAACUUAGAGAGAAAAUAUUGGCUCCAGUUUGCUAAAUUACAAAAUACCAACAUGGUUCGUGUAUAUGGAACAGUCUUCCUCUGCCAAUAAGACAGGAAACAUCAAUUGACUCUUUUAAACGCUCUGUUAAAACAUAUUUAUUUAAGAAGGCUUUUAGUUAGAUUAUUUAUUUAUUUAUUUUUAAAUAUUGUAAUUUUACCGGGUAAUUUUACUGGUUUUUAAUUUAGUUAUUAAUAAUAUUGUAAUGCGCUUUUGAGUAUUUUUAUAGAAAAAGCGCAAUAUAAGUAUUAAAUAUUAUUAUUAUUAUUAUUAUUAUUAUUAUUAUGAUAAAGAUACUCCACCAAAGACCAUUUCUCUAUAAAUAAGAGCAAACGCAGUUGAACCAGUCAGUUGUCAACAUGGACCCAAGGUGGAAACACCCCUUUCCUGCUAUUGUAGCUGGCCCCACUUGUUGUGGAAAAAGUCAGUUUGUCAAACACCUGUUGGAAUCUGGAGAAGAAUUAAUAGAUGGAACUCCUGAAAAUAUCAUUUGGUGUUAUGGGAUAUACUAACCGGCUUACGAUGAGAUGCUAGGGACUAUUCCCAACAUCACGUUCGUCAAAGGAGUUCCUGGUGAUUUAGAAUCCAUGAUAAACCCAACCAUUCGAAAUUUAGUGAUCAUUGACGAUUUAAUGCAGGAGCUUAGCAACGAUCAAAGAAUUACCAAUUUGUUUACUAAGGGCUGUCAUCACCGAAAUUUAAGCGUUAUUUUCAUUCUUCAAAAUAUUUUUCACCGGGGAAAAGAACUAAGAGACAUGAGUUUGAAUUGCCAUUAUUUGGUAAUGUUCAAGUCUCCGCGACAUAGCAGUCAAGUCAGUCACUUGGCGAAACAGAUGUUUCCCGGUCAUGUCAAAUACAUGCAAGAAGCGUUUUUGGAUGCGACAAAACGCCCUUAUGGUUACCUGUUAUGCGACCUCAAACCGGAAACGCCUACCGACUUCCGAUUGCGCACAAGCAUUUUCCCUGGAGAGACUCAUGCAGCUCGCCUGUGUCAGAAAGGUAUAAAAAAGCUCCAUCGUAGUGAUUGAUAUCAGUUGAGUAUGGCCCAGCGACUAAGAAAGAACCACGAUUUUCUUAAGCUCCUCGUCAAGUGUACCCCAGCUCAACGUAAAGCAAUUUUGAAAGCAGCCGACGACGCUUUAGUAAGAACCAUUUGUGAGUGUGUAUUCAACGUACUUAAAGAAACAGUCCCUGUCAGUAAACUGGCAAAGAGAAAACUUCUUAAGCACAAGAAAGCCUUGACUGCUUUAGCUGAAAAGAGUACCCCGCUAAACAAGAAAAAGCAAAUCUUGGUACAACACGGAGGAAACGUUUUAAGUGUUUUGCUACCUCCCGUUCUUCGGGUGUUGAGCUCGCUUCUUACUCAAGAUGAAUCAUACAAGACGUAUGGUUCUCGUUCCUGAGAACACUCUGGAGCGAUUGCAGCAACGCCAGCAGAUAUUAACACCACCUGUAACACAAACUCUGAAAAAUCUGGAUAGCCAAAUGGGGGAUAUUUUAGAAAAUAAACAGCUUGAUGAUGAGGAAAAGGCGAAGCUUUACAAUCAGGUGUUGCAACGGUACUUGACUUAUUACGAUCAGCGGAAAGGCCAGCCUCUCCAUGUGAAGUUAAUGACCGCUAAAACAACAGAAACCCCCAAACCAGUUGAGAACGCAGAAUCUACAGAGGAAGCUUCUCCAGAUAAUUCUCUUCCAACGGCAGUAGAGGAAGAGGUCAUGAAAAGUGUACCGAAAAUUUACAAAGCUGAGGCUAGACAGUUGUUGGAUAAAAUUAAAAAACACCAGGAUGUCUUGCAUUGGAAUGAUAAAGGAGAGCUGUUGUAUGAAAACAAACCAAUCCCAGGUUCUCAUGUGGUCGACCUAGUCAACGACACAUUGCGUCACCGAAACAUUACAGAAACGCGCCCAUUGAAAAACGUCGCCCUUGAAAAGUGGGGUACCCAUUAGGCUUUGCGAGCAAAAACGAAGUUUCAAAGACUACCGUCGUUUUCGGUCUCUUAUGAACUUCAUAGCGGUUAACUAUUCACACUUUCAAGAGACAAUGCAGAAACAAUAGAAGUAGGUUGCCAUUAUUUUAAGUGUUGGAAUGUCUUUGUCAUUGCUACAAAGAAGGAAAUGUUUUAAUAUGCAAAGAGAAGCAUUUUUCUUCCUCGUGCACUAACAUAAAACCCUCGCGAAUUGUGUAGUCUCGUGCGAAUCGUUUUGAUGGCAAAACAGUUAAAGGUAAUCCGAAACCAAAGUAUUCUUCAUUUAAAAACUCAUCUUCACGAAAAUCACUCGAUAAGAUUGAAUAAAAACGUUUGCAGCGUUUAUAAAUAUUAUUAUCAGAAGCGGCAUUGUAGUUGUUUUCAAGAGACGGAUUAGAUCGCUGUUUAGGUUUGGCCGUUAAAUAUGUAGUAAUAGCGUUCUUAAAGAAAGUAUCGCUCUUAAUUUUGCCUUAUACUUUGCUAAAAUCAAUAUCUUAAGUGAAGAAUUUAAGUGAGAGUGCUUUUUUCGUCGAAUUUGCCCGUCAAUUUGAAGGUUUAUAAUAUUAUCCAAAACCCGUGACAAAAAGUAAACCUGAACUAUUAACGCAUCGGUUGCGCUCAUAUUUCAUCGAUCAAUUCCAACACCAAGAAGUUUGUAAAAGGUAGAAAUUCAUUUUAAGUCAGUUCAUUGAAUUAUUUACGGCAAAAUCAACAACAAUCAUCGAGGAUUUUUCAAUUUUGAAGCGUUUAACAGCAAAAAGUCACAUGCUAAUUCAGAGUAAAUUUAGACAGUUUUUAAACAGACUGAGCUAUUGUUAGUCGCGUGAAGUUCUAUUCUUUAUCGAAGAAUAGGCAAAUUUUGCGGAUGUCUGAGCAGGAACAAUAACCAGGAAAGGGAUGUACCCUGGGGAUUUCUUGAUUGACACUAAAUUAAGUCAUUUUUCACUUAUUUGCAUUUUCACGAUCGACGUUUUUGAAUGGGCGCGUUUCUGUAAUGAAGGAUUUGAACCAGUGGGGUGGUCCGUGUUUGCGAGGGGCCUAGCGCGAAUGAAUGUCCCCGAAAACUUGGUUCGUAAUCCCCAACGUCAGAGUGCCAUAACAGAGUUUAAAGCAAGAGUGAGAGAGGAGACCCCAGAAAGUCCUUCGCGUUGGCUACCCACCCCACCUGUGACGUUAUCUUCUGUCAAAAAGCAGAGGCGAGGAGUCGAGAGUCCUCGCCCUCAGGCUGUUCGAUGGUUACGAUUAUAAAUCAUGACAAGAGACUUUUUUUAUUGUGAAACACAAAACUUUAUUUUGCUCAGUCAAUAAAAUGUGUUGAAGAGAAAUUACAUGGUGUCUGUUUACUGAACUUAGUGUUGUGCUUUUGCUCUUUGCUUGUUUACAUCAGUACGAUAUUUCGGAAAACUUAUAGGAAAAUAUUUUUCAAUAAAUCGUUUUACAAGACUAUCAUUUUUACUUGUGUCUUUAGAAAAACGAUGGACAAUGGUACUCAUACUUAUUUGCCGACUACGAUAUAAAGCAAAAUACAAACAGUAAUGUCCGCAGACUUUUGAAUAGAUGCUUUGUAAUGUCACAGUAUUAAAAGUCCACUGGCUAGAACUGUUGUUUAAAAAGGUAGUAAAUGUUGCUGAGUAUUUACUGGGUGGUGAUCCGUAAGAAUCGAAAAUUCCCCCUCGUGCUCCUUGGUGAAAUAAAACGCCACCCAAUGUGAACCUGGCUUGUCACUCGUAUCCACAUUGGCGAUAAACAGGGCUGGGUAAUGUGAAACACUGGCAGGCAGCAGGUCUGAGGGAUACACGCCUUGAAACACACCUCGUGUAAAUUUAUCCUUUCUAAAAAUAAGGGUCAGUUUAGUAGUGUCCAUUUUUAGUUUGUGUAGUCGAACAACACGUUGCGGUUCCCGUCAACUUCAAUCACGUUUUGGAAUUCAGCGUACACGAUAAGGUUAACCGUAUUGGCCAGUGGUUCCUUGAAAUGAAGCUCAGCGCGCAGGUUACCUUGCUUUAUUAGCUCAAAAUGGUCAGCUGAGCAGUGGUCUGGGGACAAGUCAAAGCAGAAUGCUGUGUAACCAGAGCCAUAAUCGCUUCUACUGAUCUGAUUACCCGCAUCUUGGGAUAGCUUUCCAGUACCUGAGAACAGACUUUGAUAGCCCGCUAUUACAUUUUGACCUCCAGCUUCGUCAAAAUUCAAGAACAGGGGUUUCCGUGGAAUUUGCUCUCCGUCCACAUAGACACCCACUUGAGUUAGAUUGUGGUGUUUGAAGUUGAACGGGUUGGUACUGUAAGUUCCAUUAUAGGCCUGAGUAUCCACUAAGACCAGCACGAUUCGUUUGGGGAUGUGACCCAAAAAGAUGUUGUCGAGGUUAAAACUGCUAAAUCCUCUUGGAAUAGACAGCACUUUACAAUCUAUUCGGCGAACCGGGUACUUGGCGCUGGAGUGUUUUAGUGCAGCAGCAUGGCCAAGUAUAAUAGAAGAGGCCAAUUUCACCUUGCGAACGAACAAGAUGGCUUCUGUGAUUACCACCUUGAAAGUUGGAGCGGCUGCUGAUGACAUCAGACAAAACGAGUUCUUGGCUCGGUUCAGUUUGAUUCUUAAAUUCACUCCAUUUAGCAUCAACCGGUCUUUAAAGAAAAUGUCGCUAUGAAUGGGCCCCAUCAUAUCCACAAUAUGACUUUCUUUAGUGAAAUAAUAGCGAACCUUUAACCCCUUGUUUGCGGCAUCGUCUGCAGCCACGGGGUUGGCAAAAUCCAUUUUUCCAGGGGUAUCUUUGUAAAACAUGGCCAUAGAAAGUUGACUUGUUUUUGCUUCUUCUCCGUAGUUUAGCAAGGUUUCGAUCAUGGCGCGAUAAGGGUAGGUAUUGGUAGAUGGAGAGAUCAAUCGCUCGUUCAAGGAAACGUCCACUUGCGAAAAAAGGGAAUGUAAAAACAGGUUCACGGGACCUACUUGUGUAUCGGCAUCUAUGGCGGUUCCAUUUGCUUUUGUGAUCGUGGCUUUCACAAAUAACUGAGUACGUGCCAAGUCCAAAUACUCAUCUCCGGUUCCCGAAACAUAAAAUUCGAUCGGACCACUGUCCGUGAUGUUACUGAUGGGGUGGUACUCGAUCCAUUGCCCUUUGGUGAUAGAGGUUUGUGUUGCAGGAAUCGCAAAGAGAUCCAACUCCGAUUUCGUACAUUCCUGAGACUCGUGAUGCACAAAGGCCAUAGUUACUUCCAGAAAGAAAAUUUCUCUACGGGCUUCUUUUGCUGCGGAGAUGUUUUUGCCUUCUUGGCUGGAGGCGAACUGAUUUUGGUUCCUUGCGCUUUUCUUUUUAUAGAUUUUUUGCUAGCUCCUGAUUGUCCCUGCAAUGAAUUCUGGGAAGGUAGACCGAGGGCUUGUUUCGUGCGCUUGUGGACUGCUGUUUUAAUGUUAUCUACAUCAAGAACAUCUUGGACAACAUUGACUCCUGUUUGUAAAGCCUUUUUUCCAAUCACCUUAGCACCCUGUUGAAGGUGAGGCAUCGCCCAGCGAAACAGGCCUCUGAAUAUGGACCCUAGUCCAUAACCCCGCUGAAAGCGAGCACCGUGAAACGCUGGUAAACUCCCACCUUUUUGUUUGGCCUGAUUAACAUAGUACUGUUCGUACAACUUGUGAUUUGGAGUGUGGAGUUUUUUCAUCUUAAAAGUACUGAGGUGCACUUUGACGAAAAUGAAGUGUUAACAGCACUCUCCAAAAACUCAAAUGGUACAGACUCCCCUGUGUCUGUCUUUAUAUCGACUUCGACGGUUUCAAAUUGCUUUCUGCUGACAGGUAAAUAUUGGGGGGGCAAAAACGAUUUGCUGACUCGCUCCCCGACCUUUCCUUCUACAGGAACAAUUCGAAGCAAAGGUACCAAUGCAUCUCCAACAUAUUGUGACUGAAUAAGAUCACAGUAAAUGAAAAGGUCGUGAAAGCCAUACUCCAAAUCCACUUGUCGUUCAGCGGUAGAGGUAUUAGAAAUAAUUUCUUCUGGUGAAAAUCCCAGCAGGUAUCCAAUGCUACCAAAGAAAAGUUCUACGUUAUUUUGUAGGUAAAUAGUCACCUUUCUAGUGAACGUUUCGCAGAAAAAUGUUACAUCGUUAUUGAAACGCUUUACAUUCUCGAUCAGCCCUUUCAUCUUUGAUAAGAUAUCUUCAAUGGAAGAAUAAUGACCCGGUGGUAUAAUUAGGACCUCCCAUACUCCAGGCAAUUCUUGGUUCCGAAGGAAGAAUCGAUUACCAAAAUUUCCUUGGACAUUAUUCCAGCUGUGAGGAUAAUGAAUUUCUGUUAACGCUACUUCCCAGUCCCCCGUCAAGCUAACGGUUUGAGGUAAACCAACAUGGUACUCCGUUAAUGUGUUGUUGGGAAACUUAUCGAGGCUGCUAUUGCUUGGAAGAUGCAGGUAAAACUGUGUUACCUCCAUCGUUUCGUGUGUUCAAAUGAACAUUUAUUCCUGGCGUUCUUAUAUUAAUUUAUAACUAUACACAACAACAUUUGUUUUCAGUUAAAAUAACCCUUAUAUUGGCUUCACACAAAAUGUCAAAACUUUGAGAUAUUACUCUCUGCUAUCCAGCUAUUAAACUUGUCUGGGUACCCUUUCCAUUUUACAAAGUAUUCAACUGUUCCUUUACGCUUUCGCUUGCGCAAAAUCUUUUCAACGCGGUACACAUCAUCGUUCUUAAUUAUUUUCUGUAAUUCGGGUUCAUAAAACGUUCCAUCUAAGAUUUCACCUGCAUCAUCCUUUAGUUUGUAAACGGGUACUUGACGCGCCAUUCGUUUGUAUACAGUAAACAUUUCUUCCGAGAAAUUAGGCAGGUAAGAUUUUUCAAACAUUCGCUUCACUUUGCUGAUCCUAACACGAUCUCCCACUUGAAAUUUAAAACGGACACGCUUUUCAACGUCAUUACCAUACAAAGUAUCCCACACUUUAGUUUCAUUCGCUUUAGUCACCUCACUCGGUUUCAUUUUAAUACUUCGGUGGUAAGUGUUAUUGUAAGAGGAUACUAGUUGGGGUAGUACAUUGAUAUAGGUGAGAGUGUUUUUAGCUGUAAAAUAUUUGUACAUCUUAUUUUUAAAUGUUCUGUUAAAACGCUCAACUACUGAGGCCUUGAGCCCAGAGUUUACAGUAAAAAAGUCAAUGUUGUUGUCACGCAGAUAAGUCUGAAACACUCGAUUAAGAAACUCUGUUCCUAGAUCCGUUUGCAGUUUGCUGGGUUUGCGACCAGUAGAAACGAUCUUUUGAAAGGCUUUGACCAGUUCUUGACCUUGUUUUGACUUCAAAGGCAGCACCCAGGCAUACUUGCUGAAGAUAUCUAUACAAGUCAGUAAGUAUUUAUAGCCCUUGUUGUAGCGACUGAGAUUUUGAAGAUCGACCAAAUCCGCUUGAAACUGGGCAUCUAUUCCAGGAACGAUGACUCGGCUGUUUACGCGAUAUCUUGUUAUUUCCUUUCUCUUUGACUGCUCUGUAAACAGCAUCUAAACCACCGAAACAUGCGGGUUGACUUGGGUCGAGGUAGAUGCUGGCUAGUUUUUUCUCCAUCACAAAAUUCCGAGUUUUGUCCAACCACUUUACCACCGCAGCAAGCUAAUACACAACGUAUGCGAUUGAAAAUGUGUUCAAAACCAAAAGUGGAUGAUGGCGGACAGCAAACCAUCACUAGUGUUUGUCUGAACGGUAAAAGAUGUAGUGACUUCUCUAUCUCUGGUGCUCCUUUAUAUAGCUACUGUGGAAUCUGAGUGAGAGUGGGAACAAGAAGAUGAAAUAGUAGUUCCCAUUCCUCCUCAGUUAAUCCCAGCUGAUCCGCGAAGUUCAAAACUACUACUAAUCGUCCCAAGUUCACUUUGGAAAAGAGUUCAGAAUGGAGUUGCUUUAAUUUUUCGAGAUUUGAGCCCGGUAGUUUAAAAAAUUUUUCUUUAAGCUUUUCCAUUGCACUUGUAGAUAUUGUUCAAUUUUUUGCUGUUAAGCGGUACCAAGAAAACUUGACCCGAAGCAAAGAGAGAGAAAGACCCAUCUUAACUAAGAUAAGGACAAACACACACUGACGCAAAAUGAAAAGAUCAACUCAUUUUACUACGUUUACAAACAAAGCUUGUUUUGAAUGUCAUUAAUUACAGUGUAAAUUUCCAUUGGUUCUUCGUCUUUUCUCACUACUUGUUCAGGGCAUUCUAUCUCUGCUUGUUGGUCGCUAAAAUCCUUGCUCUUGAGGCCAUUAGGUCCGUCGUGUAUAGCGCGCAAGACACGACUCUUAAUAUCACCAUCAAAACCAUCUACUUCAAGUGAAGCUAGAAAUAUGCUGGUCCAAGGCAUCUUUGGUAGCUCGCUGACGUACAUUUUCCACGACUGACCAAGCUUGAAACGAAGAGCCUUACACACACUUUCAGCAUUGUUUAGAACAGCAUUCAGAUCGAUUUUUUCAACCACAUCUUCUCGGUAGUACAACCAAGAAUCCUCUUUAUCCAUCAUAACACACGAAUAUUGUCUUUGACUUGUGUGCUGAAUAGCACAGCCGUGACAGCGAUUCAACUUUUCUUCUUGAAUUAGUUUGUCAACCAUAUUGGCGUAAGUAAGUUGGAAGGUAUGACCGAUAAGACCAGCUAUACUUUGCCGCUGAACUUGUUCCACUUCAUCAAUAGUCAAUAAACGCCCACGUCUCGAAUCAACGUGAAUGUUUGAAACCAUCUUGUUUAUACUACUGAAUCUCGAGAAUGAUUUGCUUGGUAAGGAAUGACCAUUUUAUGUGUUUUGAAACAAUAGAAAAAACUGGCAGGUAAAAAAUAAACCCUGACAUCAUCUUACCUGGAAAAAAUAUGACAUAAUCAUGACCAAGUAGGGACAUGAUAUCACUAUUCUAUUUAUAGAUUAUGAUGUCAACAUUUUUUGAUGACUUCAACCCCUAGGGUAUUCUGACGUCACUUGCUCCUUGCCAGCUGAAAAUAGACUAUGACAUCAUCCUAUGUUAAUGAUAUGUAUGACGUCACCGGCGUUAAUGUAUUUCCCCGAAAGUUAAUGGGAUUCCCCCGCAAAGAACCGGCGUAAAACAUCCCUCCUCUACUACUCAGGAUGCUAAAACAGUCAGCUACGAAAUAGAAAAGGAGGCAAAAAAAAAACUAAAUUAAGUUAUUUACAACAAAUAAAUAUUUACAUUGCAUUUCAAUAUUGUCCUAUGGAUGGCAAAGCAUUCGCUUGGAAGUCAGUAACAGACUCAGAAUUAACAGCAGACAGUUGGGAAGGCCAUUUCAAAGGGGGAUAACAAGUGGGAAAAAGGAAAACUUAUAUGCAUUGGUGCGAGCAAUGAUAUGUCUGAACUUAUGAGGAUGGUUAGAGCGAUUGCUUCUAUGAGGGUGUGAAUGGGGUUAACGUUACCGACUAGCGACAGAGGGCGAAAAAUGUUACUGACUACCGACAAAAUGAGUAAAAAAAUUACCGACUACCGACAGGAAAAAUAUUAACCGACUACCCACAUGGGCUGAUAUUAUCAAUAUUUGUUUCCAGAAAAAAAAGAAUUUUGUAUUUAAUCUAACCGUUAGCUCGAGGAAGUAAGUAACCUCUUUAAAUUUAUGACUCGUCAGAUGGCCUAAGCGAAAGAAUUUCCUUUUUUUGUUGUUGAUACAGGUACAUUGCUACAGUCAAUACCAAAAUCACAAAGUCACACCUUAAAGAUGCUACCGACUUUAUAAAUUUUAUUGAAAAGUCAAAGGUGAAAAAACCGAACGUUUUUUGCUUAGAUUAAUCCUCAAAGAAAAUUCUUUCCCGUUUAAUGUAAAGAACUAUCAGUACAAACCCACGUUACCGCGAUGAGCACAAAGACAGCAGUUUCCUUUCCAACAUUUUCAUGGCACAUAUUGAAACACAAAGUUUAAGCAAAACCGUCUUUAAACCAACUGUUUGAAAACGCUACAUAAAUGACAUUUUUUCCCUAUGGGACAAAAGUAAACCAGACAUCGUAGGUUUCUUCGCGGAAGAAGUAAACUUACAUGCCCUCCUAUGAAAUUCACGGCCGAAAGAUCUGAAAAUGAGACAUUCUUUUUAGAAACGGUUGUAUACCAAGGUACAACAUUCAGCGAAAAAAUGAGAAAAAGCUAUCCUUGACGUAAAGACGCAUUUGAAACGGAAACCUUACAGUAUAUACAUUUUCACCUCUUAUCACCCACCAAUUGAUAAAGCGCCUGUUUGACAAACGAGAGGCCUUGAGAAUCCAAGGAACAAACUCCUCUGAGGAAGUAUUUCAGAUUUCAAAAGCGCUUGAUGGACAGAGGCUAACCACACAGUUUUGAAAGAAAAAUUGCUAUUAGAAGUAAAACUCACAGAAAGGAAGGCAGCGCUCCUGAAAAAAAACAACCAGGAAGAAAAAGACUGAAAUAUUGCCUUUCGUGACACAAUACCAGCCCUUAGUGUCUAUAAAAAAGAAGCUUUAAUGAAAAAGUAGAAUCUCAUACAAAACCAACCACUACCUUGCCAAAAUUUUAAAGAACCACCUAAAGUGCUAUUUCUUUGAGAAAGGAAAAUUAUGGCAAAGGACAUGCUUGUUAGAAUCAAAACAUGAGAGGGAUAGAUGUGCAGCCUGUCAUCCCUUGCAGUUUUUCAAUAAAAAUAAUUUAAGUAUCCAAAAGGCGAGAGUCCAGUAAGUAAUUAAUUAAUUACUUUUUACUGUGCCCUGUAGUCGACAGGGAAACCAAGUUCGCAUUUACAAUAAAGGCUUGGGUGAUUUUGUCAGUACUAAUUAUUCAUUUAAUGGCAAACAAUGAUGAAAUAAACGUUCAUGUUUCAUAAAAAUCAAGAGUUAAUGAACGGUUUAGGCGCAAUCAAAUGAUGCAUUCUUGCAAGUUUUACUCUUUCCUUAGGGAUCAAAGUCUUGAAAAGUGGGUGAAAUACAUAAAAAUAUUAAUAAUUAACAAGCGUUUUUACUUAUUAACUGAGAUUUUCCGACAACCGGCGAAAAUCGAAAAGUUUAACCGACUACCGACAAAGAUCGAAAAUUUUAACCGACUACCGACAAAAUUACUGAAUUUUAACCGACAACCGACAAGUGGACCCCCCCAUUCAGACCCUCUUCUAUGAGCUAAGAUGACAGAUGCUGGAAAUGUUAAGUGAGUCCAGUUGUGCACAGCUUUAUACAUUAUGGUAGCGGUGUUUAGAUGUCGACUGACUUCAAGAGUGUCCCAGCCUAGCGAAUGCUGCAUAGAAGUUACGCUGGAAAACUGUGAAUAAUCUGAACAGACAAAUCUUAUAGCGCAGCAUUGGACAGCCUCUAACGCUUUUAUGUGUUGUUUUUCAAAAGGGCUCCAGGCAGCUGACGCAUAUUCUACACGGGGUCUCACGAGAGAGUUGUAUGCUUGGGUCUUAACAUACUGGCUGCUUCCUGAAAAAUUUCUACGUAAUAGACCCAGUAUCUUCAUAGCUUUGUGUUUAACAGAUUUUACAUGAGAGUCCCAUUCUAGGUUAUCUUGCAUCAAAACACCAAAAUAUUUAUGGCAAAAAAUUGAUUCUAGUGGGAUAUUACAGAGCCUGUAACCAACUGGAAAGUUAAGGGGAGACCUAGUAAUUGACAUGAUGUUAUAUUUAGUUAAAUCAAAAUUCAUUUGCCAAGUAGCAGCCCAGCAGGAUAGAGUGUCAAGGUCUUGUUGGAAUAAACUGACAUCAUGAACAUUUGAGACUUCGGAAUAGAGAACAGCAUCAUCAGCAAAUAACUUAAUUUAGAGUUAAGUUAUGUACAAUAUCAUUGAUGUAAAUCAGAAACAGGAGGGGACCUAUGACUGUGUCUUGAGGGACACCAGGGGUAACACUAAUCCAAGAAGACCUUGUGCCAGAAACCUGGACAUACUGAGUGCGAUCCAGUAGGAAGUUCUCGAUCCAAGAAAGACUGUUACCAGUGAUGCCAUAAUAAUUAAGUUUAAGUAGGAGUCUCUGGUGGGGAACUGAGUCAAAGGCCUUUGAAAAGUCAAUUAAAAGUACGUCUGUCAUGGUUUGUUUGUACAGCGAAGACAACCAAUCGUCAAGGACGGAGAUAAGCUGGGUUUCAGUAGAGAACCCUUUCCGAAAGCCAUGUUGGUGAGGAGUAAGGAUAUUAUUGAUCUCGAGAUGGUUAGAUUAAUGGCUGCACAGAACAUGUUCCAUGAUUUUACACGAGAUGCAUGUCAAGGAGAUUGGCCUAUAGUUAUUUAGCAAGGAUUUAUCAUCCUUCUUGAACACAGGGGAAACAAGUGCCUUCUUCCACUCCUCAGGGAGGUUGCCAGUUAUAUAAGACUGAGUAAAGAUCACUUGCAAUAUCCGAGCACAUUGUGGGGCGAAGGUCUUCUUCUCUUUUCUUUUUAAACAGUUAAGCUUACUGCUGGAUAUGUAAAUAUUUAGCUCUACUGUCCCCACCCCCCAUGUUUGAGUAAUCGUUGCCCUCUGACUGUUAUGAUUAGAAUACACAUGUGUGCACGAGUUAGCAAUGGUAAUUAGUGGUUAAAUCCGAAUCAAUCCUUGGUUAAAUCCGUAAAACACUACACUUACAACUGUAUGCUCCCUACCAUACCAGCUUAUCAGCGGGAAAAGCCGAAUUUACAUAAGUCAAAGCAAUCGUGAUCAGUCAUUAUGAAUUUCUCUUUUCUUUUCAGAUUACGUGAUAGUUUUCUUUGUCUUGGGUUUUCUGGUGCAGGAAUACUUAGAGGCAAAAAGACAGGGAUACUAUGUUUAUAUGUCGAAAUGGUGGAAUAUUGUGGACACGAUUAUAAUCUUGACCUUUCUUGUGAGUUAUGCAAUGUGGAUGAUCUCUUGGCGACGUUUUGGUAAAUGGAAUCCACGGGAACAAGUUUUCGUAAUAGCCGAUGUGUUGUAUGCAAGUGCCACGGUGGUGGCCUUCUUUCACUUGACGCACAUUUUCCAGGUAAGUUAACAAAUUUAAAGGGGCUAAUAGCUACGAACAUUUUGCUGUUUUGGGUCAAGUUCUGUGCUGAAGUCAUUGCUUAGUGCUUUACCCUUAUGCAAAAUGAUCCUGUAGCAGAGCUAUGUAGAAGAUUCCAAUUAAACAAAUGUCAUUAAGGAGCACCAACCAUAAUAUUUUUUGGUGAUUCUGCAGGUAUAGAAUAAAAAGGUGGCCCAACUUGUUCAAGUUUCAAUCCAUGUCCAUCCUUUCUGUCCGUUGACACAGACGACAUGAAAUAGUUUCAAUGCCUAAAUAUAGUCUUUUGUCCUAAAUGACUAAUUUCCUAAUUUUUUUGGUCCUCAUUUUUGUCUAUAGUCUCUAUAGUCUUUUAUCUUAAAUGACAAAACUGGACCAUUAUUUUUGGAAUUCAAUUGAUGGUAAAAAAUGUGUUAGCUUUUUAAGAAGACAGCAAGUACCAUAAAAAAGCGAUGUUAUUUGUUGACGGAUCCUAGUAUGUAGAAUAUCAAGUUCAUAGCCAAUGUUUUCAGUGGUAAUGGUCUAAUUAUGUAAUUACUGAUGAGAGUAAUAAUAAUAAUAAUAAUGAACUUUUUUUAAGUCUCAUGUUUUAUAGCUCAGGCACAAUGCCUUACUAAUUAGGGAGACUGUAUCAUAUAUACAAAACUCUAGUAAUAUAUUGUAAAUUCUAAUUUUAAUUUAAACUCUAAAUUCUAGUUGUAAUAAAUAACUACCUAAUAAUAUCUCUGAAUCGUAAAUUGAGUAACUCUAAAAAAGAGAAAAAUGGUGAAGCGAACUAAUGCUAACUCUUGCAAAGGACACAGUCGUUACACGAGUUAUCCAUUAACGAGGCAAUAUCUGUCUUUCUGAUGCCUUUUUUAAAGUUAGUGAGUGUAGGUGCUGAUCUUACUCCCGGUUAAUUUUGGACCAAAGAAGUGGCCCAAAAUGCCUGAGAGAGUGUUUGCCGUAUUUUGUAGCGUUGAAACAUUCCUGUCUGAAGUCUGCGUUUCUGAGGUUAUAGCUUGUGUGACUAGUGUUAAAUAGUUCGGUUACUGAGCUUGGCAACAUGCCGUGCUUUAUUUUGAACACGAAAAUGGCUAUACCUUGAAGCCUCCGCUUAUAAAGUGUUGUCAUUUUUGCUCUGCUUAGGAGGUAAUCGCACGAUACGGACCAGUCAUUUUAGACAGGCCCCUUUCGUUAAUGCGAUCCUGUUUUCGCCUAUCACUACCCUUACAGAAGUGCCAAACGAGACUACAGUAUGUGAAGUGUGGCAUAACGGCUGUUUUAUAGAUUGUUAGUUUUGUGGUUGUGAAAGAUCAAGAGACAAAGUUUACUCGUACUGAAGCUUUUCUCUGCCUGAUGUGUAUCAUUCCUUGUGUAAAAAAGUUAACCCAUCAGCUACCUGUUAUAACAACAACAAAUGCUUUAUUUGCAUGACCAUAAAAGAAUUACAGUAUUGCAAAAGCUAUUAGUCUAAAUUUAAGUACUAAUUCAACUAAUUAGUACGUGCAAAACAUUGCAAAACGUUACAGUUCUCAUUCAUUCAUUCAUUCAUUGAUAUUAUUUUGGUUCUUAAUUCAAAGCAUUGAGAGAUAAAUGAAACUAAUUGACAGUUAAUUAAAUAAUCAGAAGAAUUGAUAAGAAGAGAUAUUAAAGUAUCGUGUGAAAGGGAUUUGAAGUCAGGUAUUUUAGUUUCUAGUUUGGAGAAAAAUAAGUCUCUGAUCUGAGAAUAAGCCUUACAAUCUAGUAAGAAAUGAUUUUGAUCUUCGAUUUUGUUACUUGUACAAAAGUGAUAUAUCCUUUCAUUGCGAGGAAUGUUUUCGUAUCUAGCUGUUUCAAUUCUAAGUUGAUGACUACUUUUUCUAAAUCUACAAAAAAAAAACAAUAAAAACUGAGUUUUUGUGAUUGUUGAGGGGUCUGAUUCCAGUGAGAGACGUAUUUAUUUUUCAUUAUGUUGAUAUACCUAUUAACUAUUGAGUCACUCGAUGAAUUACAGGAAAAGUCUUAGUUUAGAUCAUAGUAGUCAACCAUUUUCAUGACAUUAGAAAAAAAGCUAGUUUUUCCGUUAUGAUGAAGGUCAAUUGAAAUUUUUAAGGCCUGUUUAACUAUAGAAUCUUCAUCUUUACCUCACAGAUAGUCUAAGUAAUUUAGAAUUUUUUUUUAACGAUCAUGGGAAAUUUACCGAGUUCAGCUCUACAAGCAAUGUUGGAUGCCUUGUUAUGUACUUGUAAAUAAGGUUGACAGAAUUGCAAAUGGGUUUUUUCAAUUGCAGAGCUGUCCCAGGACUUAAAAUCUGAUUUAACAAUAGCACCCCACACUUCACUGUUGUAGGUUAGAAUUGGUGAGAUCAUCGAGUCAAAAAUUUUACACGCAAGUAAGGGCUUAAGACUAUUCAAAUCCGUAUACCGCCUGAGGCUGAAGAGCGCAUGAAGAGCUUUUUGUCGGAGAUGUUCAAGCGAAAGUGUAAAAUUUCCGGAAGAUGUGAUGCGAGUUCCUAAGUAAGUAUAGUUUUGGGCAACGUCGAUUACCUUAUUGCCUAUGCGGAAGUUAUGUUCACAUUUUCGUGUACAUCGUUGACAAAUCAUUUAUUCUAAGCAUCCAUGAGUUGCAAUAUGUAGAUAGUACGUUAAGGCAGUUUUGUAGACCAAGUUUGGAUCGCGAUAAUAUUAUCAAAUCAUCUGGGUAAGGGAGAGAGUUGAGUCUGCUGCCAUUUGGUAACAUGAAGGGGUCUGAUAAAGCAUUGUCAAACGAGAGCGCUAGAUCGUUAAGGUAUAAGUUAAAGAGCAGAGGGCUUAAAAUGCAGCCUUGUCGCACUCCUCUUGCGUAUUGAAAAGAUCGCGUUUUGUUAUUUCCAAUCCUGACAGAGCAGGUAGACUUCGAGUAUAGACUCUUAAUUAGACUAUAAAACUUUCCUUGGACAUUCAUCUUAGAUAACUUAUAGAGAAGCCCAUCAUGCCAAACCGAAUCAAAGGCUUUCCUAAAGUCAACAAAACACGCAUAUAUUUUCUCCCUGUGACAAUGGACAUAUUUGUCUAUUAAUGUUCGAAGUGUGAGGACAUGAUCUGCUGUUCUAUUAUUUGCUAGAAAACCAAUUUGAGCCUUGUGAAGUAUACUAUUUAAGUCAACGUGCUUUAGAAGUCUCUGAUUGAGAAUUGAACAAAAUAGUUUUCCAAUACAACUAGAAAUACAAAUUCCACGGUAGUUUGAUGGAUCGCUUUUGGUACCACAUUUAAAAAUUGGUGUAAUUAGGCCAUCACACCACAUUUGGGGCAUAGUUCCUAAGUCGAGGACCGUGUUAAAUAGUUUUAGAUAAACAGGCAUUAAUUCGUUUAGGCUAGAUUUGAUCCUUUCGUUUUUGAUUUUGUCUGAAAAAGAAGAUUUAUUGUUUUUGAGUUUUCCAGCUGCAGUGCGAAUUUCACUUUCAGUGAUGAGGUAAUCCAAGGAGCGAGAUCGUGUCGUAAUAUCAUUUGAAUUCUGUAACUCAUCUAUAAUUGCCCCCUGCUGUUCAUUAAGGGGUUCAUUCGAGUGCAAAGAUUGAAAGUGGGACAUCCAUUUUUCUUCAGAAAUUGAAGGGGUGUAGGUUUCCUUCAUAGUUUCGUCCAUUGACUUCAAACAGUUCCAGAAGCUCUUAUUGUUCGAAUUCUCGACCGUAUUUUCAAGUUCACAGAUCUUAUUGCUAUAGUAUUCGUUUCUGUUAUGUUUCAAAAGGUUUUUAUAUUGCUUUAAGACGUUGUGAAACUCUUCCCUGAGGGUAUUGUUUAGAGGAUCUCUGUGUUUUUGAUUAGAAAGUUUCCGCAGUUCAUGUCUUAUAUAGCGGCAUUCUUUGUCGAACCAUUUUUUGUUCGAAGAUAUUUUGCAACGUCGCUUUUUUGCUGUUUUGAUUUUCAAACAGCGUUUUGCGGUUGAAACGCUGAAAUAAGAAUAUUUUCUACGGCAUCAAGGUUCAUGUCAACAUUUCUCGUGAUUGUUGUAGUACUCAUAAAAUCGUGGAUCAUUUUUUGAAUGUCUUCAGACUGUAGUGUAGCUCUAAAUUUUUGUGACGAAACGUUUUCCCAAAAAACUGUUUUGGUAGAGGAGUCAAAGAAUCAUUUAUAAUUGCCUCGUUUGAUGAAUCAUUAUCUAAAUUACGGUUAACCUUAAGCCAUGUUAUUAUUGGACUAUGAUCUGAUAAACUGUUCGGCUCUUUCAAAAUAAAAGAUGUCAUAUUUCGUAGCAAAUCUUGGUCACAUAUGGAGUAAUAAAUGAGACUGAUUCCCGAUUUACCAUGAAAUGUAGGUCUACCUAACGAGUCGCCAUUAAUUCUACCAUUUAAAAUUCUUAAAUCCGCGCUUCUACAAGUUUUUGUGUAGCGAUUACUAAUUUUAAACCAUAAAAAAAUUGGUGAUUUUUUGUGCACUGAAAUCCAAUCGUCAAACGUUAGUUUGUAGAGCAGAGCUAAUCCACCCGAGUUACGUCCGCAUUUUCCUGUUUUCAAGGUAUCUGUAGUCACAAUCUUGUAACCGUUUACUUCAACAGUCACUUUUUUCCAUGUUUCGGAGAGAAUUACGAAAUCAAAAGAAUUAAUCAUGUUUUUAUAAUCCAAAUUUUGGCAAUUUCCCCCCUAAUAAUGUCGACGAUAGCCCAUUAAUGUUCCAAGCAAAAAAAGAUAAUUUGCUGGGGAAACUUAAGGGCCCUGGCAUAUUGUAUCAAACUUACUACCUGAAGAAAAGAAAGCUUAAAUCAGAUAUCCCGGCAAACUAGCUAACAACUAGCAUUGAAAGUUGUGGGUUAUGUAUAAGAUAUUAUACAAGAGUCUUAAAGAUACCAGUUCCUUUGGGAUUUCAACUGCCGGGGCUUUUCCAACAGCACAGUCGUUUUGGAGAGGAACAGAAGGAAUCGGUCCCACUGCCGCUAAGGGAGACGGUGAGAAGCUCUGUACAUUGUAGUAUUGCGGCGGAAAGCUCUGUUGCUGUUGCGGUGCUUGCAGAAUGUUGUAGGUGUUGUGACCGUUUUUAACUGCAUUACUGUAAGAGGCAUGGCCCGAGGAAGUUGUAUAUGGUAAACGGGGGGUAAAGGUUGUUGCUGCCGCGAAGUCUGGUGGACUUGGCUGUGUAUGUUCCUAGCACCAUUGCUGGAGGGACGAUAGCCUUCCGAAGGACUAGUGUGAAACGAGUGCGACGAAGAGAGUGAGGAUCGGUACAAUUGGCUGGAGUUGGAGCGAGGUGGUUUUCCUCUACCACGAAUGGCUGCUUUUAAGUUUGCUGCGAACAAACCAAGGUGUCUUUUUUUAAGAUGUUUUCUGUCAUGCUACACUUCAAUUCCCUUGGAGAAGAUAUUUUCAUGAUUGACUAGAUGGACGUUUGGUAGUUUUGAGCAGCUGUCAAUAAGGUUUGUGUUUAUUUUGGAUAAAGUAUGCAGGGGAAUGCAAUCGAAUUUCUCUCGAAGAAAAGUAAGUAACUACUUACUUUGGUGAAACCGGCAGAAGCCUAGCACGCGACUGACCGAACACAAACGAGCGACAAGAAUUGGUGACAUAUUCAACAAUCGCCGAAUGCCAUUUGUAGACGAAACAUCAAAUCGACUGCAGGGACUCUGCGACAUGUAUCACGUAUUCUACACGACUACUAUCAACGACUCACUUUAGAAAGCUGGUUUACUAACUUAGCACAAACGCUACUGAAUGGUAGUCAACAGUUACCGGCACAGUACAAAAGACUUAUUGACGAAAUCAAGCAAUGCAAACAAACUACAGGAGAACGACGGACUGGACAACCGACAGUUUUGACUAACAAUAGACGACUGUUCAAUAGACGGAUCGAAACACACCAAUUACAUUACGAGUCUUGAUAGCCAAUAACAUCACGGCUUAACUUACAGACAACCAAUAACAUAACGACGUAAUUGACCAAUCGGGUCAAUAACCAGAGUUUAAUACCUGCCAUCAACUGACGUGAUACAACUCACUUUGACUCUGAAAACGACUACCGCACAGUACAGGUUGUCGAAACGUCAGUCACUGUCAACAACAACUGUCCUAUUCAGGACUACGUUCAUCCGGACGAUCAAACUCGAUCUACUUUUGAAAUGACUCCUGGGUUCAAACCUUUCACAGUUUUACAAAUAUAAUACUUACACAGUUUUGAGUACUUGCUCAAUCGUGCCCGGACAGGCACAAGCAAGCAAUGAGAAGAUAUAUAUAGUUAUUACCAGGCUUCCAAUGUCACACUAUGAAAACUUGAAUUCGAAUACUUUCUAUAAACAAGGACAAGAAUUUGAAAGUUAAUAUACCCUAUUACAUGUAAUUUCGGCGACAUGUUAAUUUAUCGAUUUUUGUCAAAGUUGGAACAUAAGUCACUUAAAUUUCGCGAUUUCACGAACUGAAACUUUGGCGAAUUAAGGUAUUCAAAACUGGAGCCGCCCAUGGUCAUGAGCUCCUGGAUAAAAUAAUAAAGGUCAUUAGCUUAAUUUAAAUCAAAAUAAUACAACGUUCUGAAUCUUAAUUUUUGGACGAAACAAACGAAACUUAAUACUGUCCUCACUCGUAUUGUGCACGAGACAUCCCAUACACGUCAUGAUCGACCGUCAAAUAGCAUAUUGUGUGUGAAACUGACUGUCGUAUAGACUGACCUUGAACUUUGAACAGCGUUAUAUUGUUGUAACUUCAAACUUGCCAGGCGGUCAUCUCGUCAAUGUAUGGGCGCGCAUGUCACAUGGUAGAGACUGUAUCUGAACGCUAUCUUGAAUUAUAGGUUUUUUUUAUUAUGGAAGUUCUGUUCCUUGUCUGUUCGCUUGCCUUUGUUUCUCCUCUCAACUGACACUAGCCGACUGUGACAAGGCCCGCACGACAGCACUGACCAAAUGGCAGAAUUUCAUAUUGUACUCACUUUAAUUUAGCGACGAUUUAAAUUUAGUGACAGUUAAUUUUGGUGUCGACAAAAUUACAUGCGAAAUGAAGAUCUCUAUUGAACUGAAAAUCUUUAGAAAUGAAAGUAUACAAAAGUCCAAAUACCAUCACGAUGGUCGGUUGCUAGGGCUUUUGCUCCCGUUUGGUUCUUCAAUUCAAUUUCUGGCUUACAGAGGGGUAGUUUAUAUUUCAAAUGAAGCAAAACAUUUGAACAUCUUAAUUGGAGAAAAGUUUUCUUUAAAUUUUUACAAUUGUAAAGGUAUUUUUGACUUUUCUUGAAAGUAAGACGUCAUAAGUGACACCUAUUUUUAGUAACAACGUUAAAAAUUUGAUAAGCACUGUUCAAAAAGUCGAAAUAUUUACAGUGAAAACCCCAUCUCAAUCGGAUAAAAUGGAGUGAAGUUACAGGUAAUUAAAGAAAUUCAAAUUUCCCGCCUCAUGACCAUAUAUGGUCAAACUUUAGGGGUAUUUAACGCGAAACAAUAAAUGUAUUUACAACGGAAAAAAGACAAAGCUGCAUAAAAUCAAAAGUGUAGUUUUUUGAAUUCGGCAUAUGCGGUGCCAUGACGCGUAUUUCGUCACAAAUUACGUCGUUAUGACGUCAAAAUGACGUAAUUCGUGACGAAAUACGCGUCAUAGACCACACAUCCUAAACUCAAAAAACUACAAUUUUGUUUUUAUGCAAAUUUGUCUUUUCUCCGUUGCGACUACCUUCAUUGUUUUCGCGUUAAAAUACCCCUAAAUUUUGACCAUAUAUGGUCAUUUGGCGGGAAAUUUGAAUUUCUUUAAUUAAAUGUAACUUUGCGCCUUUUCAUCCGAUUGAGAUAGGGUUUUCACCAGAAAUCAUAGAAUUCUAUACAGAAAACUAAUUUAAAAUUUUUAGCAUUUUUUUCCUGAAUUUUCUUUCUGGUGCCAAAUUUGGACAUCAUUUAUGACGUCACAAUAGAAGUCACAUGGGGUGAAAAAAUCACCAAUAAAUAGGUAAUUUAUCAACUUACUUCCUUGCCAAUUUUGUUACAUUCGAUGCACUCUACUUCUCUCUAUGGCCUUAAACUCUCAGUUUUGAGAGGUAUGGGAGCAAAAGCCCUAGCAACCGACCACCGUGCAUGCAAAAUAAAAUCUCGGAAAGACUGAUAAUGUUAAUGACAAAGCACGUAAAUUAGCUAUUGCUGGCUUUCACAUGACCUCAUCAAAAUUCAAACUAAGGAAUUGUCAAAUCCUCAUGAGUUCAUACUCUUUGAUUUAAGAACAGCUCAAAGCUAAUCUUUAAACAAAUUUUGACUAGAAAGAGGCUCUUCGUUCUGUGAUAGAGUACGCAUGAAUUUCUAAGCUUUUACGUGACGUGGCAUUUACAAAGCAGACGAGAGAGUCGUCAGAACAGUUUCUUGUACAGAAAAAAGUAUUAUUUUAAUGUCCAUGGGCAUCAAUUUUAAAGCAUUAGCAUAACGUCAAAACAGUAACGCGGAUUUAAUUGGCCGAUUCGUAUGCAAGGUUCGUCUUGAAAUUUAAGGUGUUACAGUGAGUAAGUCAAUCUUAAUGAAAGUGUCAGACUUAAGCAAUAGAAAACGUUUUCCGUGUUUGUACAGCCUGAUAUAAACACGAGAGGGGUUGGGAGAAUUCGAGACAGCUUCGUCUCGGGUUUGCAUAACUGUCGAGAAUUCUCUUAACCCCUCGAGUGUUUAUAUCAGGCCACGCAAACACAGGAAAAAAGUUUUCUAUUGCUUUUAUAAAAUAAUUUUCCCAAGAAAAACGCAAACUAACUCUUUGUUAUGGCCCUGAUUAAAAGAGAAAUUCUUACCAGUCUCAAAGUCUUGUACACGAAGUCUUGCAAGCGUAAUCAUUCUUGUUUUGCAAAAGGAUACUUUCCAAAGAACAGAUUUUUCUCGCUAAAAAUGUCAGCUUAAGCGAAAGCAAAAUUCACACAGCUUGUUUGUAAAGAUUUUCCAAGCUCCAGCUGACGAAAGAAUGGGUAAAUAAAGUGAACUUGUCUAGCUUUGAACUAAAAAACUUUUUCAAAUUCGUGCUUGCGUGAUUAGCACGCGAAAAGAAAAACAUCUUGACGUCCCAACGAUGUUUACAUACUCUCAUGCAAGUUCCAGGUGUCGGAUUUUCAGUAGCCGGUCUGAUCGCUUAAAAUUCGUACAUAAUUCGAUUUCAAAGUUUUUUGUUUAUCGUUGUCAUAGUGAUAUCGAUUUUACUAAAAACCACAUUUUGACAAACUGCUAUUCAAAGUCAAUCACUGGUGAAAAUUUUGUAGCGAUCGGACAAGGACAAAGUUUACAUUUAUAAAAGAUUGAAAAACAUCGGCAUGGUCCCUGAAAAACUGUAUCGAAACACCUUGAUGAAUGUUACCAAAUUGUAUAAUUAAUUGUAAGCAUAAUUUUAAGGUUUAGUACGUCAAGUAACCUGUUAGUAUUAACAUGGGAGCGCCGCUUUUAGCCUUGGCAAAAUUUAUAUCUUACACUCAUUGUGUCUGGUCCCAAAUUUUCCAGAUAGACUCUGUUUUGGGUCCUCUGCAGUUGUCCCUCUACAAGAUGCUCAAAGAUGUGGGUCGAUUUCUGUUUAUUUACCUGUUGCUCUAUCUAUCGUUCGCGACCGGCGUUGUGAAAGUGUAUUCCUUCUAUGUCACCUCACAGAUAGAGUUACAGAAGCAGAACAUGUCAAGCGACCCACAGGACUCCCAUCCAUAUGACAAGUAUGUACACAUUUUUAAACCUUGUGUAUGUCGACCGCUUAUUAUAAGCGAGCUGUUUAAAAGGCGUAACCUUGUUGCAAUUAAGUGUAGGUAAUUAAGGAAACCGGAGAGUCUCAAAGACAGUCAAAUUAAUUAAUUAAUAUAGGUACACUUCUUUCUUAAAUCAUAAAUCUGUCACUUUUUCGAAAGGUAUAUUAUAGCCGUCAACUGAUAGCAAAUCGAUAUUCGCAGUACUACGGUAGACGUGACUUAAUAAGCGACUUUUUGAGUGUUUUCACUGUCCUACAGUCCACAUAAUAACGGCUUCAUGUAAGCUUAGGAUAUCGGGAUUGACGGUGCGAUAAUAUCCUAGCUGUUUCAUUUCUUUAUAUUCUUUUUCAAUAUAUGUGUAAUUUUUACUUAUGAUGAAUAACAUGACCCGUUUAGUAAGGGCACCUCUCAUUAAUACGGAUACCCUUCCCUUAGUUCCCGCAUCAACGGGAUUUGACGUUUCCAUUUUUCUUUUCAUUCCCAGCCACCCCAAUUCCUUAUUGGCCAUGUUUUGGUUGUUGCUCGGUCUCGUUGAAGAAGGUGAUAUCGCUGUCAAAGAUCCCAGUUUUCAUCUUACGUCUGCCUUUGGUCGUCUGUUUUUGAUGGCGUACGUGAUCUGUACUGUGAUUGUAGCCUUGAACAUGCUGAUUGCCAUGAUGAACAACUCAUUCGAGAAGAUCAUGGUGAGAGAGUAGUAGUUUUGUUCAACCCCAAAUGUUAAAAAGAUAAUUCUGUUUAGACAUGUCAUUGCCCCCAAAAUAAAAAUAAUGGGCUAUUUGCACGAUAACGUCUCUUUAGCUUGUAUGUUUUGUUUUCCCAUUAGAGGUCAUUAUAGAGCGUUUUCACAUGACGUCACGGCGGCCAUAUUGGUUUUCCAAAACAAUGAAACGGCGGCCAUGUUGGUGUACUAAGAAAAUCCUCUGGGAGUUGAACUCUUUUCUCAUGUAAAUGCUUUCUUUUGUCCAAUAAAUUAGCAUAGAUUCUGGCAACGUCAGUGAAAACGCUCUAGUUAUGUGCGUGCGCGCGCAUAAUUUAGGAAAAGACAAAGGUUCAAGUUCCCCUGGGACCUCUAUCGGGAAAACAAAACCCCCAAGCUAAAGAGGUCCAUUCGGUAGUCCCAGUGAGGUUUAAAUAACAAAAGCCUUAAUUUGCACGAGAAAGCAAUACCCUGAAGGAUUCUGGUAGAAGUAGUAGAAUGACGCCAUGAGCACAGUAGAAAUCCGCUUAUGAUGGAACGGAAGGCUUCCAUCUCAGAUACCUGGGAAACCCGGGGUAUUCCUGGGAAUUCUUGGUGGGGGUGCAGUGCCGCGCGGUUCUCCCAAUCCUGGCCUUAUUUCAGGCCAAAAAAUGUCAUUUUCACACCCGUUUUGAGACCUGGUCUCUAAGAAAUUAUGUCAUCAUUACUUAGAUUAGAACGCCAAAUAAAACAUUUCUUAAACCACUUAGAAUUCGUAUAUUACUUUUUCUUCCUUAUGCACUUGGAAUUGAAACGACAAAUACGUUCAUACACUUCCGUAGUUCCUUCAUUGAAAAACUAUACUCGAUUCCAGACCAAAAUGGGCAAAAUGUACUACCCCACCCCACCCCCCCUGGUUUGGAAACAGAAGGCCACCCUGCCAACAGAGCCGUUCUUUUGCUUGGUCGAUUUUAGCAUACUCGAGAAAGACUCUGCAUCUCUUCAUGAAUUGAGUAAGAUGUUUUCUGAGUAUGCCGGGAAUGUUGAUAGGACACAGGCCUAUUAGAGACGUGCUGUUGCUUGCUAAAGAAGGCGCAGUUGUGACCGUCAGUUUAUCUAUAAACGAACGUUCGCACUCGAAAACCCAGUUUCACUAUAGAGAAACAAGAUUGACUAGUCCAGAGUUUCGGGCUGCGGUGGCCUCAAAGGCUUGACUCCUCGCUUAAGAAAACAAAAUUUAGGAUUAAAGGUUGAAUAUCAAUCAUCCAAAAAGCCAUUCGUUAGUGCUCUUGUGACAUCUAUGAAUGCCACUGUUUCAGUAAAAAACAAGAUUGCGGUUCAGUUCCAAAUUGUAUCUUGAUCUUUUUCAAGAGGAAAAUUUUUCUCACUGAAAUAUAUCCAUAUUUCAUCCUUUGCAAAACGUUUGAGACAAACUAAUAUGCCACUUCCGAGUUCCAAAAACCCUCACUUUCAAACUGAGGCUAGGUGCAUAUUACCUUCCUUGUGAAAAUGAGUUUUAUUUGCAUGAGAAUGAAAAAUCAUUUCCAUAUCAAAGGCUGCGCACCACUCGGAAAUGGCAAUUGGAAAAGGCUCAAGAACUGAGAUGGACCAGAAUAGGGACACAUCUUUAGUGAUGAUUACAUGGAUCGUUUUUCCUCUUCUUGCUACAUAUGAUAAAAACAAAAAUGAGAUGAAAUGAUUUCUCAGGGUCGUUCUUCAUUUAUUUGAAAAUCUAGCUAAUUACUUUAACUAACACAUCAAUGAAAAUAGAUUCAUUUGUCAUCGCGGCGGAAAAUAGUGUGUUUACAUGGAAUUUAGUGAAUGUGUCUCAAAAUCCAGACCCCAAUUCUAGAAACUAGCUGAUACUCAGUGCAGAAACUCCCGUUAUUGAAAGAAUUACUGAAGCCUUAUAUAUGGAGAGGGAAGGGGAGGUUGGAAAAAACACGAUGCUUCACAUAUCAUCAUUUCCUUAUGUAGGACAAUGCAGAUGUUGAAUGGAAGUUUUCAAGAGCCCGGAUGUGGCUGGAGUGGAUUGACAAAGGAAGCACGAUACCAGCUCCUUUAAACCUAAUCUACUAUACUCUUUUUGGGCUGUUUAAGUUUUUUGGCUGGUGUUUGAGAAUCUCAGUAGAGAAAUGCCCAUGUUUUAACCAGGUUUGAUUUUAAAAUUCCAUAUUGAUACCUAUAUAGGCUGGAUACAUAAAUUAGAUACUCUCGGUUUUCGAUAUCCACUCACUAGAUUAAUCCACUAUUAAAAUUAUUGCGCGGGGGAAUUACUCACCUGGUACAGGCCGGGAAAACUUUCGUUGACUCUACUUUACACUGAUUUUUAACCUCAAAAUGUAAUCAAAAGUUACCGUUCCUAUUCCUUGCUUUUGACAACUUCUGGUCAUCCAUCCACCGUUUUAGGCCUGUCCAUGGACUGUCUUAUAGCAUCGGCUUUGACCCGAAUUACCUUUGAUUUUGGCGUCCACCCUGAUUUAGUCACAGUAUGUGCCUUUGUACGUCUUAAGACAAAAAUCUAGUUUGAACGUUUCUUUUAGUCACCACCUGUUGUUACAACCUUUACUGGAUAAUGACUAGAUUACCAGUCGACAGUUUCAUUAAUAAUUUUUUUGUCUUUUGUAGCAAGAUGAGGAGAGGAAUAGCCAGGGAGAUCGUGUAAGUAUACCUAUAGAUUGCAUUGUUGUGUUCAAAACUUGAUUUGCUUCAGUUUUCGUUUCGACUCUGAAGCAGUUUAUCUAAUGAAAUAUCUCAAGCAUGUUAAGGACUGGCUCACUUUUCGCUAUGGACCCCACCCAUGAGGUUUAAACUGUUUUUCUUUAGAAACCAUACAUGAUAAAAUCUUUAAAAUUUAUUGGAGGAAACUUAUUUUGAUGAGUUUACUUGACUAGGAUUGAACUGAUGCUUUCACCUGAAUCGUAGCGUUUUAAAAAUAUUCCAAAAAAAAAAAAAAAAUAGGAUGUGUGGGAGGAAUGUCAAUUAAAACUAAAACCGAACCAUGUGCAAAUGUUUGAUUUGGUUUACCUUUUAAUUAUUUCCGCGGCCAGAAUGGAAAAAAAAGUUUUUUUUAUUAUCAACAAAAAAUGAACAAUAAAAAAUGUCACGCGACCUGUUUUGCUUCAUUAUUAAUGAAAUGAAAAAAUAGUCAACCAUUCCAGCUAGAUUCAUACGAGGAACAAUAAUACAAAAACUGAACUUAGUAUCUUCUGUCGGCAGGAGCCCAUCAAAUGGAGCCUCCAUCUCCAUUAAUUUCUUGAGUCAACCCUUUCCCGAGUAGAUUUAUAAAUAGAACGGCUAGUUUCCCGCGAAAAGUGUCAUAUUUCCAUGAGUCUCGUGUGUCACCAUGAAAAAAUAAAAUUGGAUGGAGUCGAACUCAGAAGCCCGUCCUUCGACCGUUUUCCUUUUUUCCUUUUCGUCCAUUUUUACAAUUUUACAGCCGCUGGGAUCUGGGUAUCAUGAAAUAAAAGUUAAUGAAUUACCCGACUGAGACUGAGCAUGAAGCGAUGGGACAAAGGCAACGAACUGCGGAUCACGGAAAGGUUAUCUUUGCGAGUGUUCUUUUUUUUUGCUGUCAUACAUCCCACAUUUAAGCAUGUACCUUGAAAAGAGUCGACGAUUAAGCGUUCUGUGGACGAUUUGGAACUUUUCGAUGAUCAGCGCCGAAAAAGUGCCAGGAUCAUUUGAUUUUUGUCAUCACCGUGGAGUGGAUUUCGCCAGUUAAGAACCGCGUGCAAAAGCGAUGACCUAAGUAGCGACCAACGAGGAAUGCUUCAGCUCCGAAAUUUGAGAAAUUGCAGUCUUCCUUUACAACUGACUUGUAUCACCAUGAGAGUUGCCUGAUAAAACUGGCACUUGAAAAGUUGAACAGAAGACAACAGUUGCUCGACCGUGAGCUAACUCAAAAGUAAUUUGCUAACGGAGGAAUUUGUGACAUCGCGCUCCAGUCCAAAGACCCACUUAUCUCAAGAAAAACAAAAUGGAUUGUAUCUGCGCCAAAAGAAUUAUGACUGACUAACAGGACAAUUCUCAGCAGUUAAUGUAGAAGUUUAGGCUCAAUCCUUCCUUCGAAUUCGCAUCUGUAGAUCACUUUUUUGCGAGAAGACAAUGGCUAGACCCGGCGUUACAAAACAUAGCAGGGAAUCAUCACACUAGCUGACGGACAAAACAACCACAAGGACUACAAGUAUUUAUUCAGAUAAACGCAUUUCGGAAAAAAAAACACCUUGAAAAACUAGAAAUUUGAUUAAUACUGAGUCAUUUAACCGAAAUAAGAACCUUAACGCUCAAAAAAAUUGGCUAAAGAAAACGAAUCCUGUCAGAACUACAGACUGCAGGUAGUAGUUAAUGAUUAUGGAUACAGACUAGCUUCACGGCCUCUUAAUGUGAGACAAGCAACCAAAAUUAAGAUUAAAAUAGUCAGAGUUUAAAAUUCUCCACAGUAUAAUCUACCCGCUAGAAAGAAAAAAUAAAGAAAAUCUCUGAGGGAUGAAAACGCUAAAGUCACGUUUCACUAGCUUAUGAUUGUGUUUGGCCUGUCAACAACGAAUUUCCUGCUGUUUGAUGAAGUACAACAGCAGUGUCAUUUCGUCGUUGUGAUUGGCUCUUCCCACCGUCGGCGCGCGAAGUCUCCCCUGGGAACCGUUCUAAUUAUAAAUCUACCCGGGAAAGGGUUGACUCCAAGGGCUUGUAUGGGAGAUGGAGGCUCCAUUUGAUGGGCUCCUGCUGUCGGGCAUCACGCCACCGCAAACUUCCCUUUCGUGAACGGUCGCUACCAUGUUUAAGACACUUCAAAAUUUUUUAUCUGUUAUCGAGAGUGGUCCUCUUAAAAAGAAAUACGAUCGCAAAUCAGAGUCGAACCGGGGCCUUUCGUAUUCUAAUCUUUCUCCCUUAAGUGAAUAGCAGGUGAGGUGACCCUAGCCCUUUCCAUAGCUUUUGACGUAAAUUUAAUGCACCUAUCAAUGUAAACCCCGUGGGGAGUGCGGGCAAGGGGUGGGGGUUUGACAAAUUUUAAUUUUUUUUUAUCAAACUCCCCAGGGUGGGAAACGAAAGGUCAAUCAAAAGUGUCAAAAAAGCCCCCACCCCAGGGGAGAAAAUCUAAACAAACAAUACUAUAAUACUUUAAAAACGAAUAAAAGAACAUUUCAAAAGUACGUUCUUUCUACUUUAAUUUAAUUAAAGGUUAACAUAAGCUCCGUUAAAUUACUCGCUGUAGUUAAGUAUUUUCUCUCUCCACUAGCAUGUCUUAUUUUGAACAACAAAAUCCCUCCAGGAAGAUUGACCGUGUUAUUAUAAUAUUAAUGAAACGUACAAUGCUUUAUAACAUCCGUUCAACAUGUCGGAACAGGUCGUAUCGGUGACCCGUAAAAAAUCCUCUGAAUUUCAUGGUGGAAUUCGAUUUCAAUCGAGUUUUACAAUCAGAUGGGAACUUGAAGAUAAAAAGUUUCUCAAAAUAGACAUUAUCUGUUUAUAUGACAGGGGGAUAGUCUCAGGCACCAAAUCCCCGCCCCUUGCCCGCCUCCCCCAACACGGGAUUUACAUUGAUAGGUGCAUAACUUGGGCUUCAACGUCGCUCUUUCUAAGACUAUUGAAGAAACGGAUCAUUUGCCUUAUUAUACAAGGACAGGUCAGGUGACCCAAACAUCUGGUUUCUUACUAUACGUAACACAAGAAUUAGGGCUACCGAUUUUUCCAAGGUUGGCAAAUUUUGGAAAGGUAUGGUAAAUUUCCACAAAGUUAUGGUCAUUUUUUGGUUUUUAUUUCUUUGUGCAAUAAUGCAGUAUUCUGUGCUUGGUCUAGAGUAGAAAUUUUCAGCGCUAACAAAGGAAAGUUCCUGAGAUAAAUAAACUGCAAAAGCACCUGUUUACGUAGGUCACAGAAAGCAUGGGCGGUCAAGCAGUAACCCCGAGGGAGGGCCUUACAGGCGACUGAGGCCGGCGCAAUUCGCACAAAAAUCUCCUCUCUGCGCUUAAUUCGCGCCUUGAAAAAACUGACGUUGAGAAAACUGGACUGUUUUUUAGUCUGUGAUUGAAAGCUCUUAAAAAAUCUCAGAAUCGUCUAUAGUACCAAUUUAUAGGUUGCAACUUGCUAUUUGGAUCCUUUGAAUGUAACUGCAAUGUCUUCAUCAUUGUUAUGCUUACCACCGAUUGUUAGCUUAAUUGGUGGGAAAAAAGACCUAGGUGUCGAGGGCCCGGGGGCUUGAUUCCCAAAACACAAACACUCAGAGUCAAACUAUCUGAGGAGCACGUGCAGCAUACUCACUGUGCUCUGAAAUGUACUAAAACAAGUCAGUUUUGCUCUUAUAUUCGACUUAACUUUACGCAGAAAGAUGAGACUGCAAGCAAGAGAGCAAGCAAUGUUUGAUGCAUGCAGUUUUUUUCAUCACGAUUCCAAUACGAUUUCUAUCAUGUUUUCAUCGGCAAUUCAACCAUAGGAUUAUGUUCAGUAACUCCCCUCUUCCGACAAACCGUAUGUAGCAAGUUGAAAAUCGUCCUUACACUGGCCUAAGCUAAGUGGUAGAUAUUCAAUUAUUUUUAACAAAAUACUCACAAAUGGUGGUUAUUAGAUUUUAUUACAGCUAAUCGUUAGAAAUUGGAAUUAGCAACUAUAAAAUUGAUUUAAACUUUGAGGAAUUUAUAUUAGAGUGACCGACCGCUAAUUCAUAUAUUUUUAGGCAACCCAUAUACAGGAACGAAAUGAUACAAUGAUAGAUUUGAUCCUGAAAUACCUGAGAAAACACUAUUUGGAAAACAACUAAGAAGAAAGAGCUGACAGGUACCAUGAUGAAACAAAGGACAUCACAGAUGAAGCAGCCAGACUCGACAAAUCACCAAAAAAUAUACAAGAAAACAUCAGUCUAUUGAAAGACCUGGUGGAUCGCCACGCGAAAGAACUGACUGAGCUUAAUAAGAGGCUUGGCAGCUUGGCUAAGUGAUUCAGAUAUAUUGACAUCAACUG